AUGGCGACGGCACCAAGCAAGGUUGUGGUGCUCAUGGCGUUCAUGGCCGCUGCGCUGAGCUCUGUGUCGAUGGCCGCUGGGCCCGCCGGGCUGCAGCACGGUUUCUACAACUCGUCGUGCCCAAAAGCCGAGGACACGGUGAGGAACGUUGUCCAAGGCAUGAUCCGCAACGACCCCACCAUGGGCGCCGCCUUUGUUCGCCUCUUCUUCCACGAUUGCUUGGUCAGGGGUUGCGAUGCCUCCAUUCUGCUGGACCCGACGACCAGCAAGCCAGAGACUGAGAAAACAACAAUCCCCCUACGCGGAUACGAUGCCGUGAACAAGAUCAAGGACGCCGUGGAGGCCGUCUGCCCGGGUGUUGUCUCCUGUGCCGACAUCCUGGCCUUUGCGGCACGUGACUCCACCUGUGCCUCAGGCGGGUUCACCUUCCACAUGCCAUCCGGGCGCCUGGACGGCUUCCAGUCAAUCGCCGACGAGGUCUUCCAGGGCAUCCCAUCCCCGCGUUUCAGCUCCAAGAACUUCUUGAUAGCUUCACCGCCAAGGGCCUCAACGCUGAGGACCUAG